UUCCUGGUGGUCUCGGCUGGUAUCUGGUAUGCGGUGUCUGCAGACCAGUGGCCAGUGGGAGUGGGCUUACCAAGGGACUAACUGCUUUGGAGAUUGACUAGCAAAACAUGACUGUGAGAUCUUUGCACCUGAGGCAGGAGCGGAUAUGGUGCCUCCCGGACUAACGAGCCUCAGGGACGUUUGACUGUUGACCUCUGACAGGGAGGCGGGUCGUUCAGCCAGCCAACCAAUCAGCUUCAAGACACUGAGCCACUCGUGUGGAUGAAAUCAUGAGUGCGGCUGAAGCACACAAGUUGGCAUCAUGGCAUCCAACCUGCCCCCAGGGAUGGGCAAAAGCAUGCCCCUCUCCCCCUUCAGGAAGCGGGGAAGCCUGCAGCACACGGCCAGUACAGCUGACUUUGGUGCUUUCCGCCACCUCCUCACCCCCCAGCAUUCCCUACCUGGGAUCCCCGUGGCCCUGAAACAGUCCAUUGACCUGCGAACAUCCAUGGACGGGAAGUACAAGGAGAUUGCUGAGGAGCUCUUCUCACGCAGCCUGACAGAGAGUGAGAUGCGCAGCGCUCCUUACGAAUUCCCAGAGGACAGCCCCAUUGAAAAGCUGGAGGAGAGACGCCAACGUCUGGAGAGACAGAUUAGCCAGGAUGUCAAGUACGAACCAGACAUCUUGCUGCGGGCCAAGCAGGAGUUGAUGAAAGCCGACAGCGCUGCUGAUCUCCAAUCCAUGAAGGAGCAAAGCCAAGCGCCAGAUCUCCUGGAGAAAGAGGUUCUCCCAGAGAGAGAGUACCAGCGAGUCACCAUCUCUGGAGAGGAGAAAUGCGGAGUCCCAUUCACGGACCUGCUGGACGCGGCCAAGUGUGUGGUGAAGGCGCUCUUCAUAAGACAGAAGUACAUGGGCCUGUCACUGCAGAGCUUUUGCAGGACCACGGCUCGAUACCUGCAGGAGCUCAGCGAGAGACCCCUCGACCUGAACUUCUACGAGCAGGACAUCCAAGAGGGGGCGGAGACCGCUUUCACGGCCGACACCACGGUGCACCCACCUGUUGCUGAAAGCCACCCCUACAAGACCCGGGACCCGGCCGGCAUGCCCCCCGACAUGGGCUACGGCUGCAAGAUGGUGGACGGCGUCGUGCACGUUUACGGGUCAAGAGCCACGAUGGACAAGAAUACGGAGCUGGACCUUCCCUACCCGGACCUGCAGGAGUACAUCGCUGACAUGAACGUCAUGAUGGCUCUCAUCAUCAACGGACCAGUGAAGUCCUUCUGCUACCGGCGCCUGCAGUACCUCAGCUCCAAGUUCCAGAUGCACAUCCUACUGAACGAGAUGAAAGAGCUGGCAGCACAGAAGAAAGUCCCGCACCGAGACUUCUACAACAUCCGCAAGGUGGACACUCAUAUCCACGCCUCCUCUUGCAUGAACCAAAAGCACCUCCUGCGCUUCAUCAAAAGAGCCAUGAAGAAGUACCCUCAGGAGAUCGUGCAUGUGGAGAGAGGCAAGGGCCAGACGCUCAUGGAGGUGUUUGAGACCAUGAACCUGACGGCCUUUGACCUCAGUGUGGACACCUUGGACAUGCACGCCGAUCGCAACACUUUCCAUCGCUUCGACAAGUUCAACGCCAAAUACAAUCCCAUUGGAGAAUCCAUCCUGAGGGAGAUCUUCAUCAAAACCGACAAUCACGUGGAGGGGAAAUACUUUGGUCACAUCGUUAAGGAGGUGAUGGCUGACCUGGAGGAGAGCAAGUACCAGAACGUGGAGCUCAGGUUGUCCAUCUAUGGCCGCUCCAGGAACGAGUGGGACAAACUGGCCAAGUGGGCCGUGGAGCACCAAGUCUACUCUAACAACGUGCGCUGGCUGGUACAGGUCCCGAGGCUUUUUGACGUGUACCAGACCAAGAAGCAGCUGUCCAACUUCCAGGAAAUGCUGGAGAACAUCUUCCUGCCUCUGUUUGAAGUCACGGUCCAUCCCGGCUGCCAUCCUGAGCUGCACCUCUUCCUCCAGCACGUUGUAGGUUUUGACAGUGUGGACGACGAGUCCAAACCCGAGCAGCACAUCUUCAACCUGGACAGUCCGCUGCCAGACGGCUGGACAGAGGAGGAGAACCCGCCCUACUCCUACUACCUCUACUACAUGUACGCCAACAUGAGCGUGCUCAAUCACCUGCGCAGGCAGCGGGGGUUCCACAGUCUUGUCUUGCGUCCUCACUGUGGCGAGGCAGGCCCCAUCCAUCACCUGGUGUCUGGGUUCAUGCUGUCUGAGAACAUCUCCCACGGACUGCUGCUCAGAAAGGCUCCGGUACUGCAGUACCUGUACUAUUUGGCUCAGAUCGGCAUCGCCAUGUCUCCUCUCAGCAACAACAGUCUGUUCCUAAGCUACCAUCGGAACCCUCUGCCCGAGUACCUGUCCAGGGGACUGGUGGUCUCCCUGUCUACGGACGACCCCUUGCAGUUCCACUUCACCAAGGAGCCCUUGAUGGAGGAGUACAGUAUCGCCGCUCAGGUGUGGAAGCUGAGCUCGUGUGACAUGUGUGAGCUGGCCAGGAACAGCGUGCUGAUGAGUGGCUUCUCCCAUAAGGUGAAGAGCUACUGGCUGGGGCCGGACUACGUCAAGGAAGGGCAGGAGAGCAACGACAUCAGGCGCACCAACGUUCCUGACAUCCGAGUGGCGUACCGCUACGAGACCAUGUGUGAGGAGCUCAAUUUGAUCACGCAGGCCAUCCGUACGGACGAGCUGGACACCAUCGUGGAAGAAUCUGCACAAACGCAGCAAUAAGUCAACCUGACUGUACCCAAUUCCCCUGCAUGGCAACUGUGCACAUUUUCUACAAAUAUGAGUACAAAUGGUCCAACAGCACUGUGGCCGUUUCACAGAGGUUCCCGUCUGUGAGUUGUGAAGUCUAUGAUCUUCAAUGUGUGUACGUCCUCCUGGCCAUAUGACAUCAGCAUAGAGGUUCCCGUCUGUGAGUUGUGAAGUCUAUGAUCUUCAAUGUGUGUACGUCCUCCUGGCCUUUCCGUGCUGAUUCCCUUGUAGACCUUAUCGCCAACGCUAGACCCUGGUCUUACAUCGCUAGACCCUGGUCUUGAUGUUUCCUUGCUGCCUCAGCAGCGGCUGCGUGGGGGCGCCCCAAGCUGCUCCUGACAGCGUCUCGUCACGCUCUCCUUCGUCUGCUGAUGGUGAAGAUGACGAUGAUGAUGAUGAUGAUACCGUACGUUGCUGCAGUCACACCCUCUGCACAAAGCGCAACCACUGCCAAAGGUCAUCAGCACAUCAACCCCAGAACUUCCUUCAAAGUUCCUUUGGACCAUUCUGGAAGCUUCAAGUUGCAGUUGAAGCCACGUUUGUCUUCUCCCGGGUGAUCAUGUAUGAAGUUUGUGUCGUAUGAUUUGAUGCUGUCUGUGUUUCUGGAAAAAUACUUGUUCACGUUCAAGUGGUGUAUCAAUAUUUCACAACGUGAAAGUAACCUAUUACAUUUCAUUGCCUUACUGUUAUUUACUUUGGUGUGUGUGUUUGUACUUCAAUUCUUUUAAGCGUAAAGGAAAACUGCAUUUUGCCCAUCCUCAACAAUCCUCAUGUGGACAUCAACACGUCUUUCUCUUCUUCUUUCUUCUUCUUUCUCUUCUCUCUCUUCUCUGAGUGUUCUCAGAUUUG